AUGCGAGUAUUCCAGCCAAAGGGUCAAGAGAUGGGAGAAGCUGCUGCCAGACCCGUCGCAGAACCUCGUCUCCUAUCCCACCGACUCUUUGCUUUGGAAAAGAAGCCGUCGCUUUCAGCACUAAAGGAAUAUUGUACUCAGGUGGUGGACCCCAAAAUCUAUCCUCUCUGCGAAUCCGUGUGCUCCAACAUUCCCAUAUACAAAAGCUCUGGCCGCCACAUUGAUUCCCUUGCUAUCGCAUCCGCGCUACAGGAUGAAUGGUACCACAUCCUCCUCUCGGGCCCAGGCGUCUUCCUUCUCAAAGGCAUGUACUCAGACUCCCUCCUAGAUCGAUCCAAUCGCGUUUUCAGCUCAAUCAUCGCCUCAGAAAAGUCAUCAUCAUUGUCGGGAGGAGACCAUUUCGCAGCUGCCGGCAAUAAUGACAGAAUCUGGAACUCCUUCAGCAAGCAUUGCUGCGCUGACGCGGCUUCUUUCAUGGAAUACUACUCCAAUCCUUGGCUCGCUCUCGCAUGCGAUGCGUGGCUUGGUCCGGCGUACAGAAUCACGGCCCAAGUCAAUGUUGUGAAACCGGGCGGCAAAGCCCAAGUCUGUCAUCGAGACUACCACCUGGGGUUUCAGACUGCAGAGACCGCUGCCAGGUAUCCGCGAGCUGUGCAGGUCGCGAGUCAACUUCUCACGCUACAAGGCGCUGUGGCGCACACUGACAUGCCGCUCGAUAGCGGCCCAACAAGACUUUUGCCCUUCAGUCAACUGUUCGAACAGGGGUAUAUGGCAUUUCGGUUGCCGGAGUUCAACCAAUACUUUCUGGAGAACUAUGUGAGCUUACCUCUAGAGAAGGGCGAUGGCAUCUUCUUCAAUCCUGCUCUUUUCCAUGCCGCUGGCGAGAAUGUCACCAUGGAUUUAGAGCGCAGUGCGAACCUUCUCCAGAUCAGUAGCGCUUUUGGGAAGCCGAUGGAGGCCAUCGACACCUUGGCCCUUGUCGAAAGGUGCUGGGAAAGUCUGAUGGGAAAGUACGAGAAGGAAGGGCUGAGCAAGGGAGUCGAAGCCUUCGUGGCAGCUAUCACCGAAGGAUACCCAUUCCCAACGAAUCUCGACAAGAGACCCCCUGCUCCAGGAGGCAUGGCACCCGAAAGCGAGCAGGACGUCGUUCUUAGGGGUCUCAAAGAAGCAUGGACUUCGGGUGCUGUAAUGCAAGUACUGAGGCGAAUGCGAGCGGAUUCUACCUAA